AUGGGUGCUUGUGCUGGCUCUACCAAGAAAUAGCCUAAAUCUAAAACCUCAGGAUCUAUUUCUACAUGUUAAGAUUCUCCAGUGAAGCGCUAAAACAAAUUAAGUACAGACAAUAAUGAAAAGCAAUAAUACAAGCUUUCAUAAGAUAUAGAUCCUUACUUCACUAAAUUUUAAAUUCACGAAGCUGAUUUUAAGCAACACGCUAACUUAAAAAGCCAAAGCUAUUACAUGAUCUUUUACAAAUUCAAAAUGCUAUCGGAUUAAAUUGGAGAUAUUUAGUAAUAAGGAAUAUCUUCAAGAUUAACAAAAAGUUUAGCUAAAAUUAAAUUACUUAGAGAAAAAAUAAAAAGAGACUUUAACACAGAUAGUUAUAGCAAAGCAAGUCCUACUCUUCCUAUUCUAAAUGAAGAAGUUUUAAUCUAUACAUUUAAAUACACUCAAAUUAUGAUUGAUGUCUUUGAAUAACUAGAAAAAGAUCCAAAAUAUGAAGAACUAUAUCCUAUUAUCAGCUUCAGCUUCAAAGAAAUGAAGAAUAAACUUCGUGAUAUUUUAAUAGAUGCUGAUCAAGUCAGAGUAAACUCAUAAGCAAAACACAGAAGAUCAGAAGAAGUACCUUAAUCUUCUUUAAAAAAUAUAGAAUCUUGA